AUGCAGCCAUUACAUCAGUCCCAACUUCCCCAGAAUUCGGCCGAGGCGGAGAACAAUCAGUCGGAGUUGGACGCGCCGCCGAAGCAGGUGGCUCAGGCCAUGGAUCGUCUUAAUCAAGCGGCUAGGGUUAUCGCCGAUAUCCGCCUCGGCGCCGACCGUAUCCUCGAAGCCUUGUUCGUGGCUUCGCAUCCUCGCCACACCGACAUGCCCCUUCAGCUCUUCCUCAGAGAAGACACCUCCAUGCGUCAGCACCUUCAGGAUCUCAGCUUAAUCGGUAAGAAGCUGGAGGAAUCUGGGGUUCUCACUGAAUCUCUCCGGUCAAGAAGCAACUCAUGGGGUCUUCACAUGCCACUGGUAUGUCCAGAUGGUGCAGUCGUCGCCUAUGCUUGGAAAAGGCAGCUUGCUGGCCAAGCUGGUGCGUCUGCUGUUGAUAGAACCAGGUUAGCUCUCAAGGCCUUCACGGAUCAGAAGAGACGAUUCUUCCCUCACAUUGACGAUGGACUAAAGAUGGAACCAAGAUCUAAAAAACCUCGUGCCUCCCAUUCACUAUUACAACAUGAUAGAGAGGAGCCCGUCGGUUACGAAACGUUGCCAGAUAUGCUGUCGAGAUUAGAGAAGCUGGUCCCGAAUGUGAAGGUAUCUACUUAUGGACGGUUGAACUGGCUGAAAAGAGCCAGCUCGUUACAUGUGUCUGGCGGUGAGGAUUCAACAGAAGCGUCGAAACCUAUUUUCCAGAGUUCUAGUAAGCUGAGAUCAGGGUUACAGGCUGAAGUUGUUGAUAAGGUUGCUGUCAUUGAAUUAUCAGUACCAUCUGUAUUCAGAGCUGUAGUCUCGUUGAAUCCUGCUGGCUCUCUCGAUCCUGAUGCAGUUGCAUUCUUCUCUCCAGAUGAGGGAGGUAGCUACUUACAUGCGAGAGGCUUAUCGGUUUAUCAUGUUUACAAACACAUCACGGAACAUGCUGCUACAGCCUUGCAAUAUUUCCUCGGCUUUGGUACCGGAAGUGGAACACCUCUCUACUCUCUUCUGCUAUGGAUAUGCAGUUUUGAAUCCCUAUUUAGCAAACCUUGCAGUAAAUGUGGAAGGCUAUUAGCAAUGGAUAAAAAGUCUGCUUUAAUCCUACCUCCUCUACACCGCGCUUACCAAGAAUUGCCUCUUGCGGUCAACAUGGAUGUUUGUGAAGCUUAUCACGCCGGUUGCUCUCCAGAUGAAUCUUAG